AUGGUUGAUCGUUAUGCUGGAUUAUUCGAGGUAAGAGUUUUUAAAAAUCAGUAUUCGGUAGAGUUUCUUCUACCUGCUAGUGAACGUUGUAGGGAAUGUGAACGAUUUGCAAAAAGAAUUGUUGAUAACAUGAAUGAUACUCCUACUCGAUUAAUUAGAAUGAGUCCCAAUGAUGUCACAAAGCUUGAGUGGAUAUAUUCCAAACCAUUGGUAAAAUACAAUCGUCCAAUAGGUGUUAAUGAAUCACAACUGGAGAAAGGUACUACCAUCUGUUUUUUACUUGUCCCUGGAGAGUGGAAAAAUAAUCCUUUUGAGCGACGUAGAAUAACGGACCCUAUAUGGUUACCUAGCCUCUAUAAAAUUCGAAGAAUUGUUGUUGGAAAGAAUCCUCUGAUGCCAGUUUUAUAUUAUUUAGAUGAUUCAGGAUCUCAACGUUCCUUUGUUAGAGAACAAUUAAUGCAUAUUAAGGAAAAGCCUAUACUACCUCCCCGGUGGGUCUUAAAAGAUAAUCGAAUACAAUCAAGGCGCUCUUAA